UAUUUUGAAAAACAUAACCGGAGGUAUACAAUCGAUCUCCAACUCGGAACAGGACAGUGAAACUGGUGGAGUUUUGCUAAACAUAUAAACAUAAAAACUCCCAAAGACACAUGCUAUGGGUUAGUGGUGUCUUUUUUUGUUGAGCUAUUGUUCCUCUUUUCCACAUUUUUUGUAGCAGUACAUUGUGUUAAAAUGGCAGCAUGACGUGUUUAUAUCUGAGUGGAGAAAGCAGUAUCUUGUUCAGAGAGCGACUGAGGGGGCAACGUGACAUUAGCUAGUUCGGUGAGUUGACAGCCUGAGAAGAAGCACCAAAAUCAAAUAAAAACAUGUCGCCGUCGCCCUUCCUACCACUGGCGACCAAUUGCUUCAUGUCAGCACUCGGGUGCAUGGCCACACUGAAGCUGAUUCCGGCUUUCAAAGACCAUUUCAUCUCGGCCAGAUUGUACGGGAUGGACCUGAACAAACUGACCAAAAACCAAGUUCCAGAGUCUCAGGGUGUCAUCAGUGGGACGGUCUUCCUCAUCAUCCUCUUUUGCUUCAUUCCGGUGCCUUUCCUCAGCUGCUUUGUAGGAGAUCAGUGCAAUGGCUUCCCACAUGAUGAGUUUGUGCAGCUCAUAGGUGCGCUGCUAGCCAUCUGUUGCAUGAUCUUCCUGGGCUUUGCUGAUGAUGUGCUCAACCUGCGAUGGAGACACAAGCUCCUGCUUCCUACCAUGGCUUCUCUUCCUCUGCUCAUGGUGUAUUUCACCAACUUUGGCAACACGGUCAUUGUGGUGCCCAAACCAUUCAGAGCACUGCUCGGGCUGCACCUUGAUCUAGGUAUUCUCUACUAUGUCUACAUGGGCAUGCUGGCAGUAUUCUGUACCAAUGCCAUUAACAUCCUGGCUGGCAUUAAUGGCAUCGAGUCAGGUCAAGCUCUGUUUAUCUCUGGCUCCAUCAUCAUCUUCAACCUACUGGAGCUCAACGGUGACUACCACGAUGACCAUGUUUUCUCACUCUACUUCAUGAUACCCUUCUUCUUCACCACAUUAGCACUUUUUUAUCACAACUGGUACCCCUCAUCUGUGUUUGUAGGAGACACUUUCUGCUACUUUGCAGGGAUGACCUUUGCCGUUGUUGGCAUCCUGGGACACUUCAGCAAAACAAUGCUGUUGUUUUUUCUUCCUCAAGUGGUUAACUUUAUCUAUUCCUUGCCCCAGCUUUUCCACAUUGUCCCCUGUCCCAGACACAGACUUCCCAGGUUGAACCCUGAAACAGGAAAACUGGGAAUGAGCUACUCUAAAUUCAAAAGAAAGGACCUUUCUAAAGUAGGACAUCUCAUUCUGCAGGUUGCAGAGUUAUUGAAGCUCCUUGAGGUGCACAGAGGCCAAGAGGGAGCUGAUGAAUUCAUCGAGUGUAACAACAUGACCAUAAUAAAUCUGGUGCUGAAGUUCCUCGGCCCCACUCAUGAGAGAAAUCUCACUGUCAUCAUGCUCCUGAUACAGGUGAUGGGCAGUGCAGUGGCUUUCGGGAUCCGUUACCACCUGGUGCGCCUCUUCUAUGACGUCUAGAUAACUCUCAAGCAAACACAAAGGAAUGCCGACUGGGGAACUCGUCCCCCUGGAACUACUUUUGAGGCUCAAUGUUUGUGUGCCUUUUAAAAGACUGCAUUACCUCAGUUAUCUUUGUUUCUCACACUGCAGUAAAGACACAGAUACUGUAAGAUUAAGAUUAAAGUAGAAUAUGUUGGCAUCAUCAUAGAAGAGCUACUGUUUUUUAUUUCCCCACCUUAGUGUGGAUUUCAUGAAUCACCAUCAGGAAAGUGUAGCCAAGUCGCAAUCACACUUCCACCCUAAAAUUAUAUUUUUGUACUGGGUUUAUAAGGAAUGCAGUGAGCUUCCACCUCUGUAACGGUAACUGAAAUGGUGGGUUCCUCCAAAAAAGUGUUUGAUAAUAACGUAAGAGAAAAAUGAACUCUUGAAUGAAUUAUUUUGAUUGUUAUUCAUGGCCAUCAUUUUAUUCAACAUCUGGUGAAGUUGUGUAAAUAGGGUGGAUUUUAUUUUAAUGAUGAUUUGCUAAUAUUUUUAAGUCCUCCAAUGUUCAUGUUGGCAGCAAGCAAAAGAGCCAAGAUUCAAGUAAAAUGUCCAAUUUUGAGCAUUAAACAGAUGAUUUGUGCAACAUGAGGGUGUAUUAUACUACUAAGGGAAACAAGCUUUUUUAAAGUUACUGAAAGAUUAAGGCUGGUGUUAUAAUGUAGAAUAAUAUUGUCACCAGGAGAUCAUUCAUGUUUUGUGAAAUGGCACUGGACUACUGUGUUAUGGAAUGUAAGUUCAAAUAUGAUGAUGGGGAUUGUAGAUAUGGUUGAGAAACUGUAAAAUAAAGGCUGAGACAAUUAAA